CUCACGGCAUUCCCAGCGGGGUGAUGCUGGAUCAGCCCUGGAUCCCACUGCUCAUGGAGCUCCGUCUCCUCCUGCCACCCCCUCCAAAGCUUCUCCCACCUCCGCAGAACAAUUCCGUGUCCCCCUCGGAGAGCCUGCGGGCCAGCGAGAAGCACCGGAGCUCCACGGAUUACAGCAUCGACUCCAAGAAGCGGAAAGCGGAGGAGAAGGACAGCAUGAGCCGAUAUGACAGCGACGGUGACAAGAGCGAUGACCUGGUGGUGGACGUCUCCAAUGAGGACCCCGCCACGCCCCGGGUGAGCCCGGCCCAUUCCCCCCCGGAGAACGGCCUGGACAAAGCGCGCGGGCUGAAGAAGGGCGACGCUCCCAACAGCCCGGCCUCGGUGGCCUCCUCCAGCAGCACUCCCUCCUCCAAGACCAAGGACCUGGGCCACAACGACAAAUCCUCCACGCCCGGCCUCAAGUCCAACACUCCGACGCCCAGGAACGACGCUCCCACCCCGGGCACCAGCAGUACCCCGGGGCUGCGGCCCAUGCCCGGCAAACCCAGCGGCAUGGACCCCCUGGGUGGGUACCGGGGUCACCCCAGCCCUGGGGGAUUGUCCUCCGGGGGUGAGGUUUAUGGGGACUCCAUCCAGCUGGUGGG